AUGGCAUCAAUGAACAAUAUUUUGAAAAAUCUGAGUUUGGGAAGCAACAUUCAGCCAGCUGCCGCUAUUCAAAGUGGAGACAUUUCCUGUGUGUAUUGUGGAGAUAGGCAUAUGUUUGAAAACUGCCCUUCUAACCCAGCUGCAGUUUGUUAUGUGGGUAACCAGAAUUACAACCGCAACAAUAGCCCAUACUCAAAUUCGUAUAAUCCAGCUUGGAGGCAUCAUCCGAAUCUGUCUUGGGGGGGUCAAGGAGCAAGUUCCAGCGGAGCGUCUACACAAGGGAAGCAAGCAUAUCCGCCAGGUUUUUCUCAGCAGCCACCGGCUCAACAACCGCAACACCCUCAAGGCUCUCAAUCCAGCUCUUUGGAGAGUCUAAUGAGGGACUAUAUGGCAAAGAAUGAUGCAGUUAUUCAAAGUCAGGCAGCAUCCCUUCGUAAUCUAGAAACGCAGUUGGGGAAAUUAGCCAAUGAUCUAAAGAAUAGGCCCCAAGGUUCCUUGCCUAGUGACACAGAGAAUCCGAGGAGAGAUGGUAAGGAACAUUGUAAGGAAAUUAAUUUACGAAGUGGAAAAAUUAUAGAAAAUGAUGAGGAGAAAACAAAGGGCAGUAGGGAGCCCACUUCAAUCCAAACAGAGGGAGAAUUUAGUCAAAAAUCAGCAAGUGAAGCUAUUGAAACUGGCCCAAUUGAUACAGCAUCGGGUCAGCAAUAUGUUCCAGUAAAGACUUUGCACAAGCCGCCCCCACCAUUUCCUCAGCGUUUUAGAAAACAGCAGCAAGAUGGGCAGUUCAGGAAGUUUCUGGAUGUACUGAAACAGCUCCAUAUCAAUAUUCCCUUAGUGGAAGCAUUGGAGCAAAUGCCAAAUUACGUUAAAUUUCUAAAAGAUAUUUUGACGAAAAAAAGGAGGCUGGGAGAGUUUCAAACUGUUGCUCUCACAGAAGGUUGUAGUGCCAUGUUGAAGAGUAAAAUCCCUCCGAAAUUGAAGGAUCCUGGUAGUUUUACGAUCCCAUGUUCUAUUGGGGGAUGA